ACCAGCUCCCAGAGCGUCUUCCGGCGGGAGCUGUGCUGCUUAUUAUCAUGGGGACAAUUCAUCUCUUUCGAAAACCACAAAGAUCUUUUUUUGGCAAGAUAUUACAGGAAUUUAGACUUGUAGCAGCUGACCGAAGGUCCUGGAAGAUAUUGCUCUUUGGUGCAAUAAACUUAACAUGUACAGGCUUCCUGCUUAUGUGGUGCAGUUCCACUAACAGUAUAGCUUUAACUGCCUACACUUACCUGACCAUUUUUGACCUUUUUAGUUUAAUGACAUGUUUAAUAAGUUACUGGGUAAUGAUGAGGAAACCUAGCCCUGUCUAUUCAUUUGGAUUUGAAAGAUUAGAAGUCCUAGCUGUAUUUGCCUCCACAGUCUUGGCACAAUUGGGAGCUCUCUUUAUAUUAAAAGAAAGUGCAGAACGCUUUUUAGAGCAGCCAGAGAUACACACGGGAAGAUUAUUAGUUGGAACUUUUGUGGCUCUUUCUUUCAACCUGUUCACGAUGCUGUCUGUUCGGAAUAAACCUUUUGCUUAUGUCUCUGAAGCUGCUAGUACAAGUUGGCUUCAAGAGCAUGUUGCAGAUCUUAGUCGAAGCUUGUGCGGAAUUAUCCCAGGACUUAGCAGUAUCUUUCUUCCUCGAAUGAAUCCAUUUGUUUUGAUUGAUCUUGCUGGAGCAUUUGCUCUUUGUAUUACAUAUAUGCUAAUUGAAAUUAAUAAUUAUUUUGCUGUAGACACUGCCUCUGCCAUAGCCAUUGCUCUGAUGACGUUUGGCACCAUGUAUCCCAUGAGCGUGUACAGUGGGAAAGUGUUACUCCAGACAACACCACCCCAUGUUAUUGGUCAGUUGGACAAACUUAUCAGAGAGGUAUCUACCUUGGAUGGAGUUUUGGAAGUCCGAAAUGAGCAUUUUUGGACCCUAGGUUUUGGCUCAUUGGCUGGAUCAGUGCAUGUAAGAAUUCGACGAGAUGCAAAUGAACAAAUGGUUCUUGCUCAUGUGACCAACAGGCUGUACACUCUAGUGUCUACCCUGACUGUUCAAAUUUUCAAGGAUGAUUGGAUUAGACCUGCCUUACUGUCUGGGCCUGUUGCAGCCAAUGUUCUAAACUUUUCAGAUCAUCACAUAAUCCCAAUGCCUCCUUUAAAGGUUACUGAUGAUUCGAACCCUGUCACAUCAACUCCAGCUAAACCUAGUAGUCCACCUCCAGAAUUUUCAUUUAACACCCCUGGAAAAAAUGUGAGCCCAGUUAUUCUUCUAAACACACAAACAAAACCUUAUGGUUUGGGUCUUAAUCAUGGACACACGCCUUAUAGCAGCAUGCUUAAUCAAGGACUUAGAGUUCCAGGAAUUGGAGCAAGUCAAGGCUUCAGGACUGGUUUUACAAAUAUACCAAGUAGAUAUGGAACUAACAAUAGAAUUGGACAACCAAGACCAUGAUGUACUCUAACUUAAUUUAUUUUUUUUUUUCAGGAAUAUUGACUCCUUGACUUCCAAUUUAUUUAGUAAUCCAACUUUGCAUUGACUGUUCAGAGAAUAGUAGGCUUGUUCACAUUUCAUGAAACCAAUGAAACUAUAUUUUUGUAAAAGGUGUUUGGGGCAAUGAGAACCUUCUAAAUGUUACAGGCUUUAAAUAGGCUUCCUUUAGAAAGCGUGUUUCUCUAAAUUUGAAUAUUGCUAUCUUUGGUUUUGUAGUUGAUUACAGUGUGAUAUGACAUUUCCUUUAUAAGAGAGCCACUUGAUAGAGUAGAUCUGUCACAUUAAAAAUAUAAUAUUUUCUUCAGUGAAAUUUGUAGACAUGCUUCUUGAAUAAUGAUACACAUUUCAGGAAAGGAAAAAGGUGUCCAUUCUAAAAGUAAAAGUCUCUUUUAUAGCUUUUCCGAACUUUUUCUUUGAAGUCCUCUUGCGUUAUGUCUUGCAAAGUAAAAGCAAAAUUUUUAUCGGGAAUUUUAGAACAUAUUCUACUGUCUAGCAUAAUUUAAAAUUUUUAGGUAUCAGUUUUUUAGUAGUUUUUCUCAUUAAAAAAUUUCAAUACGUUUGUAAGUAGUUCAUGGUUCUCAAAGUGUUUUAUUUUGGUUAAAUGAAUACCAAAUUCAUUGGUGAUGUGCAAUGAAAGAAUCCCAGUUUUCUGUCUUACAUUUAAUCAAUUAAUGACAUAAUGAUGAAUUUAUCUUUUUUGUCACCUGUUCAUUGGUUGACUUUUUAAUUUCUCAUUAACAAAAUAUAUCAAAUAUAUUACUGAAAUAUAUGGAAUUUCCUACAUAAUAUGGAAGUUGAUAUCUUUUCAAAGUUGCAUAAACAAUUUGAAUUUACUUUAUAUAAUUUUACCAAAACAUAAUGGAUCUUAGGUUAUAGAAUACAGUAUUAUUAGAUCUGUAACAGGCAGUUUCUAAUUUAUUUUGUUUUGCUUUGUCAAAAUAGUGAAUUGUUAACUGUGAUAAAGUGUGAGAAUCAUGUAGCUUAUUUUAUUUUUGGCAUAUUUUCCAAAUGCAAAUGUUAAGGACUUUCCAACACGGCCAGUAUGACUUAUGAAAAGUAUAACAAGCAGCAGUCACAAAUUACCUAUAAGGUUUUCUUCAUUUUAUCAUGAGUUUUAUAAUUAGGCUUUGAAAAGGGGAUUUUGAAAGUGGAUUCACUUCUCCUAGAAUUCAGUACUCCUGGAGCUUUAUGACUUUUCCGGCUAUCAGCCAGCUGUCUAGAGAAGAUUUUCGUUUUUGUAGAAUUUGCAAGUUUCUCGAAUCAACUUACCCUCUUACAUAUGAGCAGCACUUCCAAACCCUGUUUCUUCACAGUGGAAUAACAAACAUCCAAGAAGCCAUCCCUGUCAAGCAGAAUUGUAGUCAUCCUGCAAUAAUAAGUGACCAUGUUCCAAAUAACUCUUGCUUGGUGAGGAGUUGGUCACUGUCUUUGACAUCUGCAGCUCUGUUCAGGCAUUUGACCUGCUGAAGAAACAGAGCCCGUACUACAUUGACUGCUGGGGAAAAUGAAACUUUGUAAAAUGUAAUAAGGCAACCUUUCCUUGUCCUUUGUCUUAUGUUCUCCAACUAUUACUAUAGCUAUUAUUGGUCUACUAUUACAGGAUGAUUUUUCCUCCAUUGUCCUCAUCUAAAUGUGAAUUCGGGUUACGCAUUGAAAUCUGAAGGACUGCCAUGUACUGAGUGAUGAUUCAGAGGUAUGUGCUGCCACCCUGUGCAUGUCUUCACCAUUUCCAUGGGAUUUUAAACUGUCCAGGUACUGAACACAGUUCUGUGUGAGAUUAAAGACCUGCUUCCUCCACACCUAUUCAGAGGCAACACCUAUGCACUUGUCCCACCAAAGGUGCUUUUAUACCCACCUACACUAUUUGAGAAGUUGCCUGUGGGUUCUGAAGGAAUUGGCUCAGUUGCUGAAAUUCUAUAAUGCCAACAGCUGCAGGUGACAUUGGUCCAUGCAGUAUUAUAUAGAGAAGCCUUAUUUGCCAAGCUCUGGCCAGGUUCUGGAUAUGGAAACAAGAAACUUGGCCAGCAUAGGCCUAUAGUCAGCAGCCUUACUGGUAAAUCUUGCCACAAAGUCACUUGAAACUAGACUGAGAAGGAAGUUUGAAUUAAAUACUCGGCCCAUGGUUUGUGAUUAAGAGCAAGCUCCAUGGAGUGCGAUUAACCCUAUUUGAGAAAUCACUGUAUUAUAACGGAAAAAACACUGGACUUGAAGGCAAAAGAUUUAGAUUCUAAUCCUGCUGCUACCAUUAUGUAAGCAGUUUUGUAGUCAUGGACAAGUCAUUGAACAACUCUGGGCUUUUGCAUCUGUAAAGUUAGGAUGUAGAAUGAAUUAGUUGAUUUGUAAACUGUCAGCUCUAAAAUUUUAUGACUAAAUCUGUAGAAUAUAUGCCCACUUGCUAUAUAGAACAUUGUGCCCAGAAUUUCUUUCCAGUGACUACCUCAACAUGCAGGCCAAGUGUUACCUACACUAACACCCAAGCCAUUAAUUUGAGGUGCCAUGAGAAUAGAAGGUAAACCGCAGGCUAACACCAUUUAAAAUUUUAUUUCAGAAUUGCCUCGACUUAAAUCUGUUUAAACUAAACAGGUUUAUCUUAGACUUAUUUCUUUGUGGGAAGGAUUAUGUUUUGGAGUGUUGAAGAAAAGAUUAGGACAGGGUACCCUUAGGGUACAAAAGAAUGGGGUCUAUUUUUUCUUUCUUAAUCUCUGAAGUCACAGUUGGAAUUACAGACAUGUAUCAGCAACUGGAGAGGACCUGAAUUUCAAGCCUCUGAUUUAGCUGCUCAUAAACUGUCAAUCUUUUGCUUGACUAGAAAAUGCUGAUCUUAUUUGGGGGUCUGAUCUUCUUAUAUAAGAAAAUGCUUUUUACAUUCCAAAUUGUUUGAAUUAAACUGUUUGAAUAAAGAACAUAUAUUGAGUUUUCUCUCA